AGACUGUCCGGAGGGAUGGUGUCGGACAGGUGCGACCUCCCGGACGGGCUGGCGGCCAUGCUGAGCUCCAACACCUCCGUGAACGCCAGCAGGAGCGAGUCCGGCUGCGGCUCCGUGUCCGUGGUGUUCCCCAUCACCAUGAUGCUGACCGGCAUGGUGGGCAACUCUCUGGCUCUCGCCUUGGUCUACGUGUCCUACAAGAGGAAGGAGAACCGCAGGAAAAAGUCCUUCCUGCUCUGCAUCGGCUCCUUGGCGCUGACGGACCUGUUCGGCCAGCUCCUGACGAGUCCCAUCGUCAUCUCCGUGUACCGGGCCGACCUGCGCUGGGAGCGCAUCGACUCGUCCGGCAACCUGUGCGCCUUCUUCGGCGUGUGCAUGACCACCUUCGGCCUGUGCGCGCUCUUCAUGGCCAGCGCCAUGGCGGUGGAGCGAGCCGCGGCCAUCACCAGCCCGCACUGGUACUCCAACCACAUGACGAGCAGCCUCACCAAGCAGACCCUGGCGCUCAUCUGGUGUCUGGUGCUGCUCUUCGCGCUGCUGCCCGUGGCGGGGGUCGGCCAGUACACGCGUCAGUGGCCCGGGACGUGGUGCUUCAUCAGCACCGGGGACCGCCAAGUGCCGGGCAACAUCUUCUUCUCCUUCACCUUCGCCCUGCUGGGCAUCUUCUCGCUGCUCGUCACGCUCUCCUGCAACGUGGUGACCAUCAGAGGUCUGAUCGUCCGCUGCAAGACCAAGUCUGGAUCUUCCCAGGCCUCCAAGCACUGGGAGAGACUCACCACGGAGACUGUGGUCCAGCUGCUGGGCAUCAUGUGCGUCCUGCUGGUGUGCUGGUCUCCUCUGCUGGUGCUGAUGCUGAGGAUGAUCUCCAGCCAGGUGUCGUCUCACGAGUGCAACUCAGCGUCCGAGUCGUCCUCCAUGCGAGACGUGCACCUGGACUGCAACUUCUUCCUGACCGCCAUCCGCCUGGCGUCCUUGAACCAGAUCCUGGACCCGUGGGUCUACCUGCUCCUGCGGGAGAUCCUCCUGCGUAAGUUCUGCCUGGUGGCCAACGCCGUGUCCAACUGCUCGCUGGAGGAGCAGAAGGAGACUCAGACGCCUUUGGACACGCUUCACAAGAAGACGCAGGGGAAGAGCAGCAAGGUCGCCUUUUGA